AGUAAAAGUUGGGUUACUCCGUAGCGUGUUAGUUUAGUAUUUACGUGCUACGCGUUGUUGACAGUCCGGCUCGGCGGGCUCCCGCGUUUCCCGACGGCACGUGAACGCAGCAGCAGGAGCUCAUCUGUUGGACAGGGAAACUAAUCAGGAGCCAAGUAAAGACUUUUCAACACUGCGAGCUAAUAGGCUAGCCAGGCUCCCAAGUCCGCCGUCACCACAAAACCCCCAGUGGAGACUUAGUUUCCGGCGGACACGGCCUCUCUCACAGACCAGAGACAACUUUGGAGCCAUGUUAUAGGGAAGGGGGGAAACAACACUCGUAUCGUUGCGCUUAAAAAGUAUAAAAGCGAGCUGCCUCCGGGUCAGCGAGCUGGCUGCUAGCUGCCCGACGUUAGCUGUGGGGGGAAAAAGAAGUGAAGUGGAGGCUUGAAAACAAACAAACAAACAGACAAACAUGGAGCUGGACGACGUGGUCCUCUACCAGGACGACUCGGGGGACUCGGACGUGAUGUCCGAGCGGGUGGCGGGUCUGGCCAGCUCCAUUUACCGGGAGUUCGAGCGGCUCAUCGAGCGCUACGACGAGGACGUGGUGAAGGAGCUGAUGCCGCUGGUGGUGGGGCUGCUGGAGAACCUGGACUCGGUGUUCGCCGCCAACAAGGAGCACGUCGUGGAGCUGGAGCUGCUGAAGGAGGACAACGAGCAGCUCGUCACGCAGUACGAGCGGGAGAAGGCGCUGAGGAAACACGCCGAGGAGAGAUACAUUGCCUUAGAAGACUCCCAGGAUGGGGAGAAAAAAGACCUCCAGUGUCGACUGGCAGCUCUGGAGUCCCACGGGAGGCAGCUAGAGCGAAAAACGAAGAACUACGCAGACCAGAUAAGCAGAUUUGAGGAGAGAGAAGCGGAGCUCAAGAGGGAGUACAAUGCUCUUCAUCAAAGACACACUGAGAUGAUCCACAGCUACAUGGAGCACCUGGAGCGAGCUAAACACCAGCAUCCGACAACACCAGCAGAGCCGUCAGAUACAGGAACAUCAGCAAAAAGACGGAAAGAGCGCCCCAUCUCCAUGGUGUUCCAGCUUCCUGGGACCGAUGGCACGACCCCUGAAUUCCAGAGGGACCCCGUUGACACCCCGUCUGAACCGUGGAGAUUCAGCAACCUGAGCCAUCCGCAGUCCAACACCAGCCUCAAGUUUGAAGAGCUAUUUUCCCAAAUCAGAGCUGCUGGUGGAAUAUCACAAGGCAGUUUUCUCGACCAGGAUGAAUUGGGCCAUGCAAACCGGGGAACCUCCAAGCCCAGCACACCAGCCAACCAGGGAAAUGUCUCUAAAACGGUCGCCGCUGUGUCCUUAAGCGAUGGAUCCUCUAAAGCCAACGCUCCAUUGUCCUCUCGCGGCGGUCCUGUCACAGCUCUGUCGCCUCAUGAAGUGGCCAAUGGUGAACAUGCACUCGCCUCUUCUACACCACUGUCUACAGCUGCUUCUGAUGCGACCAUGGAGUCGGUGAGCACGCCGGAAAAGAAGCAGGAAUCUUCAGACGGACUCAACAGGAACCUGGACAGGAAAAGUGAGACGUCUGACAGUAGAGAGAACAUGGAAACACUGCAGCAAGGACAGAAGGGUCAGGUUGGAGAAGACAUCCAGGGAUCUGCCACCUCACCGGUGAAAAGUAAAGAUGGAGAGGAGAACACGGAGAAGUCUGAGGUGCAGGCUAUCAUCGAGUCGACUCCUGAGCUGGACAUGGACUUCGAUGGCUGCAGAGGAACAAGCACACCAACUAAAGGUGGCAUAGAGAAUCCUGCCUUCGACCGCAACAACGACUCUUUGUUUGACGAGCUGGCUUCUGCAGGAAAUGACCUCAUAGGCGACAUGGAUGAAGGAGCUGACCUUCUAGAUGAGUUCUCUGUCUGCAACUUGUUAGGUAUGGGUCGGGAGGUUGAACAUCUCAUCCAUGAGAACACCCACCUGCUGGAGACCAAAAAUGCUCUGAAUGUAGUGAAGAAUGAUCUGAUCGCCCAAGUGGAUGAACUCUCCUGUGAGAAGGAGGUUCUGCGAGGAGAGCUGGAGGCUGUAACCCAGGCUAAGACCAAACUGGAGGAGAAGAACAAAGAAAUGGAAGAGGAGCUGAGGAGAGUUAAGGCCGAGCUGGAAGAGGCCAAACAGAAGGUCAAGACUGAAAAUGAGGACGACAGUGACGUGCCCACAGCCCAGAGAAAACGUUUCACCAGAGUGGAGAUGGCCAGAGUCCUGAUGGAGAGGAACCAGUAUAAGGAGAGGCUGAUGGAGCUGCAGGAAGCUGUCAGAUGGACAGAGAUGAUCCGCGCUUCAAAGGAGAAUCCCGCUCUUCCAGAGAAGAAGAAAUCCAGCCUUUGGCAGUUGAUGAGUUUCAGCCGUUUGUUUAGCUCGUCGGGCGGAGCAGGCAAGAAGCCGACGGGGGAGGCCCCGGUCAACGUCAAGUACAACGCGCCCACCUCGCAGAUCCAGCCCUCCGUCAAGAAGAAGAGCAGUACCUUGCAGCAGCUGCCCAGUGACAAGAGCAAGGCGUUUGAUUUCCUCAAUGAGGAACCGCCACCUGAGAGCUCGACAUCACGGCGAGAGCAGAAACGGGCUCAGUACAAACAGGUCAAAGCUCACGUCCAGAAGGAGGAUGGCAGAGUGCAAGCGUACGGCUGGAGCCUGCCCAAGAAAUACAAAACUAAUGGAGGUCAGGCAGACAGCCGGAUGAAGAAUCUGCCUGUUCCUGUCUUCCUCAGGCCUCUGGAUGAGAAAGACCCCACCAUGAAGCUGUGGUGUGCGGCAGGUGUAAACCUGUCUGGAGGGAAAACCAGAGAUGGGGGUUCAAUAGUGGGAGCCAGUGUGUUUUACAGUGACGUGUCAGGUGGCGAGAGCCCCAAGAAGGAGAAAGGCUCACAGAGUAGCCUCGAUAAGCUGGAUCAGGAACUCAAGGAGCAGCAGAAUGAGUUUCGGCAUCAGGAUGAGUUUUCCUCCCUGGUGUGGAUUUCCACCAGCACCCAGUCCAACUCUAACGUCGUCGUCAUCGACGCCAACCAGCCCGGAAACAUCCUGGAGAGCUUCUUUGUUUGUAACUCGCACGUCUUCUGCAUCGCCAGCGUGCCUGGUGCGAGAGAGACCGACUAUCCAGCUGGAGAGGAAGCGUCCUUAAACGCUGAUGCCGGACCAGUGGGAGAGAGUGGCUCGUCGACAGCCAAUAGCAGCUCAGAAGGUGGCGACAGCAUCCUUGGUGGCAUCACGGUGGUGGGCUGCGAAGGCGAGGGAGCGACAGCUGUUCCUCAGACAGGAGAGAGCGCAGACUCCAGACCAGCAGACGAAGCCAUGGAGGCAAUGGAGACCAGUGCUGGACCUCUUGACCACAGUGAGAGUCUGAGGGGGCUCUACACAGAACACGUCUUUACAGACCCACUGGGAGCUCAGCAGACAAGAGAGACCCCAGCUAACUAUUCUCAGAGAGAGAGUGAUCUGCUGAAAGAUGGCGUGAGUUCCAACCCCAGCGUGGAGGAGCAGGACCUGAUGAUAGAAGAAGCUCAGAAAAUGAGCAGCGUUCUGCCCACCAUGUGGCUGGGGGCCCAGAAUGGAUGCGUGUACGUCCACUCGUCUGUUGCUCACUGGAAGAGGUGUCUCCAUUCUGUCAAGCUGAAGAAGCCUGUGCUCGGCAUAGUACACGUGAAAGGACGGGUCCUGGUCAGCCUGUCUGAUAGCACGUUAGCCAUUUUCCACAGAGGAACAGACGGACAGUGGGAUCUGACCAACUACCAUCUGCUGGACUUGGGAAAACAGCACCACUCAAUCCGCUGCAUGACCGUGGUGCACGACAGGGUGUGGUGUGGUUACAGGAACAAGAUCCACGUGGUGCAUCCCAGAGCCAUGAAGCUAGAGAAAUCCUUUGACGCCCACCCUCGAAAGGACAGCCAGGUCCGUCAGCUGGCCUGGCACGGCGAUGGGAUCUGGGUGUCCAUCAAGCUGGACUCUACUCUCAGACUGUUCCACGCACACACACACCAGCACCUCCAGGACAUCGACAUCGAACCCUACGUCAGCAAGAUGCUCGGUACGGGCAAGCUGGGCUUCUCGUUUGUGAGGAUCACGGCUCUGACUAUUUCAUGUAACCGUUUGUGGAUUGGGACCGGUAACGGAGUCAUCAUCUCUAUUCCUCUAACGGAGACCAACAACGUAACCAAGACGUCAGGAAACAAUCCUGGAGGCGUGGUUCGUGUCUAUGGAGACAACAGCGGGGACAAGGUGACAGCGGGGACCGUGGUUCCUUAUUGCUCCAUGGCUCACGCUCAACUCAGUUUCCACGGUCACAGGAAUGCUGUCCAGUUCUUCGCUGCAGUUCCAGGUCAUGCAGACACGUCAGCAUCCGGGCCGGGGGAGACGGCAGCAGACAGGUCCUCUGAUAGCUCGGCUCAGGAGGGAAGCAAGUCCAUGCUGGUGAUGAGCGGAGGAGAAGGCUACAUCGACUUCAGGAUGGGCGAUGAGGACGGGGAAGCGGACGCGGCAGAGAACCCCACCAUGAAGCUGCAGCCCUUCCUGACUAAAGCCGAGCGCAGCCACCUCAUCGUCUGGCAGGUCAUGGUCGGUGAAGACUGAACUCCCGCCGACCGGCCUCUUCAGACCUGAUUUGCCUUUUUUUUUUUUUUUUUUUUUAGACCACAGAAGCAGAGGAGUUGUCGGAGGCGCAAGAUUAAUCAGCACUUAUUUUUUUGCUCCCUCGGUCUUGAACAAUGGAAGCAAAAAAAA